GGAAUCUCAUUUCGCUCUCCAGCGACAUCCGGACGAUCGGCAACAGUACUGGUCGUCCAAAUUUACGAAUUGUUUUGUCUGCUGUUUUGACACCAGCUAACUCACGUGUUGUCCGUUUUGUUCCCGUAUACAACGCCGCCGUGGAUGAUCACCACUGACUGUUUAUCCAGUCCCAUCCGAUCAAGAACUUCACGCUGUUGCUUUAAUCCUCCAUUCUUGUCCAUCACAUUAGCGCAAAUUGUUUGAUUAAAAUUUUUGUGAGAUGGAUUCACGGGCUACUGACAGCGCAUGCAGCCGUUCUAGUUCGAACACCGAAAGUGAUCACCAGGCGGCACUAGUGUUCGCUUCUCCUCCACCGGCACCUCCCCCAUCGACCGACGUGCCUGCCAUCCCGCCAACGUCGGCUGCUGAUCCGAACUUUGCCGAUAAACUCAGCUUGCAGUUGCAGGUGGUGAUAAAGAAACGUCGGCGAAAGGAUGAGGCUUAUAUUAGGGUGUCUUCAGACGAGUCCGUCAGCUUGGGAUGUAUGUCAGCAUCACCAAACCCAUCGCCCUCGCCAACAGGCAUCAGUGAAAUGGACAAGGAACGGGCCUUGAUCCUUUGUCAUCAGCUGUCGACCAGGGCUGGCAGCGAUCUUGAAAAUCAAGUGCCUUUCUCUCCGGUAAUUGGGAUUGAUUUGGGAAACUGUUACAGUCGUGUGGCGAUUUUUGAGCAUGGAAAAGUGGAAAUUAUCGCUAACGAUCAGGGUAACACGACAACACCCAGUUAUGUUGCCUUCACCGACACCGAACGAUUGAUUGGAGAUGCCGCUAAGAAUCAAGUGGCCAUGAACCCUAUUAACACCGUAUUCGACGCGAAACGUUUGAUCGGACGUCGUUUUGAUGACUCCAGUGUUCAGAGUGAUAUGAAGCACUGGCCUUUCAAAGUCAUCAACGAAGCCACCAAGCCGAAGAUUCAGGUUGAAUACAAGGGAGAAACCAAAACGUUCUUUCCCGAAGAGAUCUCGUCCAUGGUUCUUACCAAGAUGAAGGAGACCGCUGAAGCGUACUUGGGCAAGACCGUCACGAAUGCAGUCGUCACGGUGCCGGCCUAUUUUAACGACUCUCAGCGCCAGGCGACCAAAGAUGCCGGGGUGAUCGCGGGAUUAAAUGUUCUCCGUAUCAUCAACGAGCCCACAGCCGCAGCUAUCGCUUAUGGAUUACACCAAAAGGCCAAGCUGAACUGCCACAUGAUGAUUUUUGAUCUGAGUGGGGAUAGCUGUAAUGUUACCAUUCUGGCGUUGGACAACGGUGUUUGCGAGAUUAAAAAAACGGCCCAAAAGAUUGACUUGGGAGGCAAAACCUUCGACGACCGGAUGGCAAAUCACUUCGUUCAAGAAUUCAAACGCAAGCACAAGAAGGACAUCUCCGACAACGCCCGUGCUUUACGUCGUCUGCGAACUGCUUGUGAACGCGCGAAGCGCACGCUUUCGUCCAGCACUCAGGCCAGUGUGGAAAUCGACUCGUUGUAUGACGGUAUCGACUUCUACACGAGUAUCACCCGUGCCCGCUUUGAAGAGUUGAAUGCUGAUUUAUUCCGAAGCACUCUGGACCCUGUGGAGAAGGCUCUGAAAGAUGCUAAGAUGGAUAAGAAUCAGAUCCACGAUAUCGUCUUGGUUGGUGGCUCUACUCGAAUCCCCAAAGUCCAGAAGCUUCUGCAGGACUGCUUCAACGGAAAAGACUUAAACAAGUCCAUCAAUCCCGAUGAGGCCGUUGCCUACGGUGCAGCUGUUCAGGCCGCCAUUCUUUCUGGCGACAAAUCUAAAGCCGUACAGGAUCUGCUGUUGCUGGAUGUGGCCCCUCUGUCUUUGGGCAUUGAAACUGCUGGCGGUGUGAUGACAUCGCUUAUUAAGCGCAAUACUGCCAUUCCUACCAAGCAGACCCAGACAUUCACAACGUAUUCUGACAACCAGCCGGGUGUACUCAUUCAGGUCUACGAGGGCGAACGCGCUAUGACAAAGGAUAACAAUCUGUUGGGUGAAUUUGAACUGACCGACAUCCCUCCAGCGCCCCGUGGUGUUCCUCAAAUCGAAGUCACUUUCGAUGUAGACGCCUGUGGCGUUCUGAAAGUAUCGGCAGCCGACAAAGGCACGGGCAAAAAAGCAGAGAUUACAACUGUUGGUCGUUCGCCCAGGGAUGCGGCGGCGAUUGCUCGUGAAUUGUACCAAGACGAUAUUAAGAAGCUGAAUGAAGAGUACAAUAAAAAGCGGCAUGAACUGGAGCAGCUUUAUGCUCCUUUAUUUGACAAAUUAAAUCAAGCACCGAGAGGCGCUGACGGCCGUCCCCCCGCCGGCGAAAAGUACCGUGAUGAGGAUGAGAAGCAGCGGGACCGUAUCUCUGCUCGCAACGCUCUGGAAAGCUACUGCUUCAGUAUAAAUCAGAGCUUGGAGGAUGAAAAGCUGAAGAAUGAGAUUGAUGCAGGCGAUCGCACUACGAUCAUCGGCAAAAUCGAAGAAGCGCAAAAAUGGAUGGACGCCAACACGCUGGCGGAAAAAGAAGAUUUCGAGCAUAAACAAAAGGAACUCGAAAAGGUGUUUAACCCCAUCAUUUUCAAAGUGUACCAAGCAGCGGGAGGUGCUGGUGGCGCUCCCCCCAGCGGUCCUGGGGGAUUCCCGGGCGGCGGUUUCCCUGGAGGUUUCCCCGGAGCUGGCGGCGCGGCUCCUGGUGGUGGUCAUGGAGGCAGUGGCGGUGGGCCAACCAUUGAAGAGGUUGAUUAAGAUCGGGUUUGUUAUCUGUUUCUUUAUAAUUAAUCUGUUGUCGUCUAUAUAUUUGUGAAAUGUUGCAGUAGUUUGUGAAAUACCGUACGUGACUUUUCGUGUGUUUGUUUGUUGAAAGUACCAUGAUCGGCAAACUUCAUUCGUAAGUAAUACGUAAAUUUUCUCGGGUUUUUUCUGUUGUAGCAAGUUCGGAUAUGGUAUCUUGUUUGAUUUUGGUAUGUUCCUUCGACAAGAGGUCGGUUGCGUUUGUCAAUGUUAAUUCCGCAGCUGCAUGUGUUUAUGAGGAAUAAAGGAUGUCGGUUUG